AAACCUCGGAUCAGAGCGAGGUGAUCGAUUGAUUUGUCCAUCCACGGAUCGAUUAGAUAAUCAAUCAGAUCCUGAUCGAUAGCGAGACGACAUUCAUUACGACGAUGAUCGAUGGUUGCGAUGCUCGUUUGUAACAGAGAUGAUGCUGGUGAUGACCAUCGAUGAUGAUCGCUCGCUGACGAUGAUGAUAACGGUGGCACAUCAUCACUGACAGCAGGGCCGUGCCGGCAGCAGCAGUAGCGGUCGAUAUUGAAUCGAUAUUGAAUAACCCAACCCAGAGACGCCCAUUAGCACAAGCCACAUGUUCAUAGGCGGUCCGUCCAUCCCGAGCGACGCCGAGGCUGUGAAUCCCUUCCACCUUCUGCUCAUCAUCGCAACCUCACUCCUCUGUGGCUUUUGUCUGCCUAUUUCUAUUAUUCUCUUUGGUUACAUUAUCUAGAAAAACAACAUUGUAGGAAACACGUAAGAUGUGCGCUACCACUACCCGAUCUGCCGCAACUGAGAUUCGUACAGAUGUUUCAAGAUGACGAUUACGUCGAUGACGGUUAGCGAGGCACAGGUAAAUGCGACGAAAAAGGCAAACGAGGGCAGCUCAAGGAGCGGCGAUCCCCAUCAGCCAGCGACCACCCUCAAUUGUGGGAAACAAACACGACAGUUGAUGAGCAGUGAUGAUUCUCUGUCAGGCCAGGUCAACCACGCCGUUUUCCGUUUCACCAAUGUCGUUAAUAAACCCUCAAUCAAGGAUUCAGUGACGAUGGAGGUGAGGCUGAAAACCUCAGUCGGCCUAUGCAUGCUCAGAUGAGAACCGUAGUGAUGUGCUAACCGUGUGGAGGUACAUGCGAAUGUGGGAGCUUGAUACUGUUCUCUUCGCGGGGAUUCGUUCGCGACCGUGUAUGUGCUACACAACGUUUGAGCUGGAACAUGCACAAGGCUGUCUUCACCACACGUUGCAAGGCUCAGCUGUACCGUCGUAUAGAGUGCGGGGCAAGGACCUGAAGGAUUUGAUGCGUAAGGUUGGAUGCGAGGUGUGCUAUGCCGAUGCUCAUCACUACCGGAAAAAUGAAGCCGUGGUUGAAUUUGCAUCGCGUUCCGAUAUGAGACGUGCUAUUGAGAAAUACGAUGGACACGAGAUUAACGGCCGUCGCAUGGCCCUGAGAGAGGACCGCAGAACAGAGUCUCUUUCAAGAUCUAGAUCUAGAUCACGUCAAAGGAAGGGCAGUACGUCUAGAAGGAGAAGUGCAUCUAGAGGCCGCAACCGUAAAUCCCGCUCGAGGUCUCGCUCCCGUUUGAAGGGCUCUCCGCAUAAAUCUCGCCAAUCGCGAUCACCAGAAACUAAGCGGCGUCGCACAAGCAAGUCGCGAUCUAGAUCCCGAUCCAGGUCGAGCUCAAAGCCAAGGUCGCAGAAGAAUGGAGGUGGACGUUCCAAUGGACAAAACAGAGAUCCGUCCAAGGAACGCAGCAGAAGUCAUUCUCCAGCUGAUUCAAAGGUGGCGGACUCUCGCGGCCGCGAAAGAUCUCCGAGUCGCAAACUGAAGGAUGCGAGAGACGGAUCGGCGUCGAGGUCACGAUCGAGAUCUAAGUCGAGGUCAAGGUCAAGGUUAAGGGCAAGGGGUGAUUCUGCUCACCGAAGUCCCGCGAAACGAAGCCGCUCUAGAGAAAGAAGUCUAUCAAAAGAACGAAGUAGCUCAAGGGGACGCAGUUCAUCACGUGAACAUAGCGCUUCUCGAUCCCGGACGGGAUCUAGAGAGCGAAGUGCCUCACGUGAGCGGAGUGUGAGUCGAGGUCGUAGCGCCGGAAGCCGCGAUCGCAACGGUGACUAACGACAGUGUAUUACUGAAACGACUUGGUCCAACUUAGCUGUAUUGCCGCGGUUAGAUCUAUCAUCGAGAAAAACAAUGAAAACAAACGCGAGAAGGGGUGAAGUUCUUAUACGAGAGAAGUAGAAGAUGCCUUGUUUAAGUGUUAAGUGGUGAAGGCGACUGAUUCGUGACUUGAAAAUGACGUACGUAAUGGUAACACAAGAUCCAUGUUAGGCAACAGCAACAGUAUACGAUGGCUUCUGCCGGCACUUAAAAAGCAAAAGGGCAUCGACUGGCUAACUCAAGUAGUACGUAAAACAAGAAAAAGCGGCGAGUGUUUAGAAAUAUGUUACAUAUUCUCUGUAUAAAAAGAACGAAUGGCUACAGAGCUUGAGAACACACAGAAUAUCGUAAAUAGCUCUGGAUGCUUGUCCCCCUUCCAAAAAACUCCAUGUAUGCUUCUCGUUCGUGUAUCCUCUUAUUAUUAUUAUAACAUUAUUAUUAAUAUUCACAUACUUGCUGCAUUGUCUGAAAUAUAGCAAUUGUCCUGACUAGCCCAACCUAGCGAUCGGUAAUCCGGAGUCCAUCCCUUGUGAAAUAUUGGAUAGCAUCCUCGCAUGAUAAUAGUUUAAUUAAAAUGUAAAGUGUGAACAUAACAGGUAAAUUAGAAUUGUAACGCUUCGUCAAACAUAAAUAAACUUAAGCAUACACUUAUAUAACUAUCAUUAUGCGAUUCCACACAGCCGGCUAUAUAUAUUUUGAUUAAGAACAUCGGUACAUUUGGGUCGAUAUUGCUGGCAAUAGAUUUUAGGCGCCCUGGGGUGCGCCUCCCUGAAUUUGUUGUGAAUUAAUCGAAAGUAUAAUUGUACUCAGAGUGACAUCCAUAGAGUCACCACCUAUGACUAUGAUACAAUAAUGAUGAUGGCGCAUAAUAACAGACUCGUGAAAUCAGCAAUCAAAAUCGAAUGGAAAUGCUUCAUGUGAAUACUUUAUUAUACAACAGCACGUGAAUAAAUCGAUAACUCUAAUUGGCUAAUCUAGGCGAUGAUGCCAGAUAAGCGCCGCAUGUACUGAGCUCAACUAAUCAGAAGAAUUUAAGCACUUCAAAUUUGGAUUGAUGUCUCACUCCACCUUAUCUAUAUUUCUAAUGGUUCCCAUUUGUGGGGUUCAGUGCGAAACGAUAACAAAAAUGAUCUCGAUGGUAAUAACAAAUGCGAUAAAUUGAAGCAAAGAUUAUUGCUUCGAAUUACGUUUCAUUGAUUGAUUUCUCUAUAUAAGACUAACCAGGAACACAAUAUAGAUAAUCACAACGAUCUUGCCUGAUUAAUAAUAAAAAUAAAUUAUGCAGUUUAAUAACGAACUUGCUGAUGAUUUGAUGAAACGAAUGAUUAGUCGUCGGUUUAACACGUGCGCAAGGAAAAGACACUCAUUCAGCCUUGGUACCAUGUAUGCGUAGAAUAAGUUCUACCAAUAAUAUAUUAGUACGAUUAGUAAUAGUAUUUCAUGAGGUUGGUUCCUUGUUCACGCAUCGAAACACAUCCUAUUAAAAGCGGCUUUGCCGUAUUUCGAUGUUGUAAGAUAACAUUUACAUUAAAACUGUGUACCCAGAGGGAAGACGCUGGCUGCCAACCUGUAUUAAGAUAGCGCGCCAAUAAAUAAACUGACUGAUUGCAUAUUUCUUUA